AUGCGCAAUAUAUAUAAGUAUGAUAUUGUAUUAUUAAUUUUGCAGAUACCACGGUCGGAAGAAGGUUGGCGUGAAGUAGCAAAUGGAUUUUGCUUAAAAUGGAAUUUCCCUCAUUGCAUUGGUGCACUCGAUGGGAAACAUGUACAGAUAGAAGCACCAGAGAACAGCGGAAGUGUAUAUUAUAAUUAUCAUGGCACAUUUAGUAUCGUGUUGAUGGCUAUAGCAGAUGCUGACUAUCGUAUUAUUUAUGCCGAUGUGGGAUGCCAGGGCAGAAUUUCUGACGGUGGUGUUUUUGCAAAUACAACAUUUUAUAAUAAACUUAUAAACAAUGAGUUAAAACUUCCAAAACCGACAUGCUUAUCAGAGAAAAUUCAAAGCCAAGUUACUCCUUUCGUAUUGGUAGCAGAUGAUGCAUUUUCAUUAAACACAAACCUUAUGAAGCCCUUCCCAGGUCCAUAUCCAAAAGGUUCCCAAGAAAGAGCGUUUAACUAUCGAUUAAGUAGAGCUCGACGGAUUAUUGAGAAUGUGUUUGGUUUGCUGGCGACUGUUUUCCGAGUAUUUAGAAAGCCUAUUCCAUUACACCCAAAGAAAGUUGAAAGUGUAGUACUUGCUUGCAUUUCUCUACAUAACUUUUUAAGACGAAAUGCACAGUCAGUACGGAUGUACACACCACCUGGCACAUUUGAUAGUGAAGAUUUAGAUACUGGUUCAAUAACACCUGGAUCAUGGAGAGCAGAAACUGAGGGAAGUUUACUUGAUUUACAGCGCAUCCCAAGAAAUGCUUCUCAAGAAGCUAAAGAAAUCAGAAAAGAAUUCGCCAAAUAUUUUAUUUCAGAAGAAGGAAAAGUACCGUGGCAAGAUAGAUUUGCAUAA